AGUUUGAAUAAUUAAUAAAAAAAAUCAAGGCAAAGAGAACACGGGAUUAGGCUACUUUAAUCCAGUUUACUAUCCCAAUUUAGGAUAACUGAAGUUUGAGACUAUCCCUAUACUAUAAAACUCACAUAUUCUCUCUCCUCUACCAACCUCAGUCCUCUUUAACAACAAACCAUGAACACCUUUGCCUCUCCUCCAACCUUGAGCAACAAACUCCAAAUUCCCCCAAUUUCACCUUCUGCAAACCCUAAAUUCCUCUUCUUCUCCAAUCUUUCUCUCUCAUCCGCACAAUUAGCUCCUCCUUCCAUCACCAGACGCUCGAUUCUUCCUCCCUUCCUCGCCGGCGCUCCGUCUCCGGUAUCACCGGCAAUCAAGCUCCGUCAUGGUUUUCCAUUGUUACUCGCCGGAAAAACUAGGGUUACUCCCGGAGAUUCUCCCUUCCUCGCCGAUAAUGGCGGAGGAGAGAGAAUGGAAGCGCCGAGUUUUUUGGAAUUUUUGACGUCUGAGCGAGUCAAGGUUGUGAUGAUGCUGGCUUUGGCUCUCGCUCUUUGUAAUGCUGAUCGUGUUGUUAUGUCGGUUGCCAUUGUUCCUCUUUCUCUUUCUUAUGGUUGGAGCCGAUCAUUUGCUGGCGUUGUUCAGUCAUCUUUUUUGUGGGGAUACCUUGUAUCACCAAUAGCAGGUGGAGCUCUAGUGGAUUACUAUGGUGGUAAAGCUGUCAUGGGAUGGGGUGUUGCUUUGUGGUCCUUUGCUACUUUUCUUACUCCCUGGGCAGCUGAAAAGUCUCUCUGGGCUCUGCUUGCCAUGCGAGCUAUGCUUGGCAUUGCAGAAGGUGUAGCUCUUCCUUCGAUGAACAACAUGAUAUCCAAAUGGUUUCCUAAAGCAGAACGAGCAAGAGCUGUUGGAAUAGCAAUGGCUGGGUUUCAGCUUGGUAGUGCUAUUGGACUAAUACUUUCUCCAAUCCUAAUGUCUAAUGCCGGUGUGUUUGGACCAUUUGUGAUAUUCGGAUUAUUUGGAUUUCUCUGGGUUGUUGUAUGGUUGUCUGCUACUUCUAGUAUUCCAGAGAGAAGCCCUCAAAUCUCUGUGUAUGAACUAAAAUACAUACUAACAAAGAGGCAACAAUCUGCUCCAUCCAAUGCUGGGAAGGCACACAAAGCUAGAGUGAUCCCACCUUUCAAGCGGCUGCUGUCUAAGCUUCCUACUUGGUCACUUAUGGUUGCCAAUGCUAUGCAUAGUUGGGGCUUCUUUGUUAUUCUUUCCUGGAUGCCGUUGUAUUUUAACAGUGUAUAUCAUGUUGAUCUUAGACAAGCAGCAUGGUUUAGUGCUGUUCCAUGGAGUAUGAUGGCGCUUGUGGGAUAUUUUGGAGGUGCUUGGUCAGAUACGUUGAUCCAGCGUGGUUUCAGUAUCACUUUGACCAGAAAAAUCAUGCAGUCAAUAGGAUUUAUUGGCCCUGGCAUUGCUCUUAUUGGUCUGACUACCGCAACUAGCCCAUCUAUAGCUUCUGCUUGGCUCACAUUAGCUGUUGGACUAAAGUCAUUCAGUCAUUCUGGUUUCCUUGUCAAUAUUCAGGAAAUUGCUCCACAAUAUACUGGCAUAUUACAUGGGUUGGCAAAUACAGCUGGAACUUUCGCUGCAAUUCUGGGAACUGUUGGGGCUGGUUAUUUUGUUGAGCUGUUUGGAUCAUUCAGAGGAUUUUUAUGGCUGACAUCACUUUUAUAUUUUCUCGCUGCUUUAUUCUGGAAUCUAUUUUCAACUGGAGAGCUUGUAAAUUUCGAUGCAUCCAAUUCUUGAAUCUGAUUCUGUAAGGUGAUACUUAUCUGUAAAUAUCAUGGAAUAAACAUACAGUUGAAAAGGCAUAUGACCAGAAGACAGAGGUUCUGCGACAUCUCUUUAUUAAUCCCAAAGCACUGAAAUGUCUGAAUCACUCCUGCUGCAAAUAUCGAAUUCAUCAUUCAUGCAUAUGUGAGCAACUGUAUAAUUAACUUAUUGCCACGUAGAUACACUAACGAGGCUAUCAGCAGCAGUGACCCUUGGUGUCUUGUAUAAACUUCCCAGCUCCCUCCACCAGUCGAGGAAUGAUGAUCGGACUCUGGGAGUGGACAACUAGGAAUGAUGAUCGGACUCUAGGAGCGGACAACAUAAAGACUUUCUGAGUUACUCUACCAAUGGCUAGAUGUUGAAUGAAAAUACCACUAGGCACUACUACUACUUACUGGUCAAUGAAAGAGAGACUGUUAAGCAGGAAACAUGUUCUAUUCAAGACGAGGGGCCUUUCACUGUUGCAGUUAUUUGGGCCCCUUGACAACUUGUUUUCUUUAACUCGUGUUUGAGAGUUAAUAGAAUACUCGAAAUACGGUUGUACAUAAAAUUAAGUAGACCUUUCAACGUCUUUGACUAGCUGUAUUUAUUCAACAACUUGAUGCUAGUUGCCUUGUAACUCAGGAUUGAUCUAGUCAUUCUUUCACCAUAUUAUUAUACUAUCAUUAAAAGAAUA